UGAGCCACCUUAUCCUCAUCUGGCUUCCAGUGGAUGGAGCAACCCCUGCCCUGUCUUCAAAUGGCCAGAGCAGUUUCCUAGAAUGUCCUACAGGUCUACCUCAUUGCCCAGACCUCUAAAUGUUACUGAAUCUGAUGGAGAGAUGCAGCAUGACACAAGCUCAUUUCAUGAUCACAAGGAUGACCUACGUAAGCGCCUGUCGUACACCACCCACAAACUAGAGAUGGUGGAAUCUGAGUUUGACUCCACUCGGCAGUACCUUGAGACAGAACUGCGCCGGGCCCAGGAGGAACUGGAGAAAUUUACAGAGAAGCUGCGCAGGAUCCAGAGUAGCUAUGCAGCUCUUCAGAGGAUCAACCAGGAUUUGGAGGACAAGAUACAUAGGGCGUCACAGCACCAUGAAGAGGAAAAGAGAGCCCUCAGCCGGGAAAUCAUUGUUCUCAACAACCACCUCAUGGAGGCGAAGAUCACCAUUAAUAAACUCAGAGAGGACAACGACUUGUACAGGAAAGACUGCAAUCUGGCAGCUCAGCUGCUGCAGUGCUCCAAGUCUCACUACAGAGCACACAAGAUGUCUGAGCUGCCACUGGAUUUCCAGGAACGCAUCAGUUCCCUCGUGGAAAAACAUAAUCAGACUAGUGGAGUCACCAUGGCAAUGUGUCACUCAAAUUAUCCUGAUGCAGUCCCCACAGCCAUAAUUGCCAAGGUCUUGGAAAAGCCCGAGCCUGGGAGCAGCUGCCCUGUAACACGUUCAUCCAGCCCGCAGAUGCCAGAUGGAGACUUUCUGACAGGAACAGGGAGCACUGAUCAUCUGAACCGACGCCUUUCUUAUAAGACAUCUGACCUGUACUGCAGCGACACAGCACUCUAUUGCCCUGAACGAUGGCAAGACACAGAGCGUAGACAAAGCGUUGACCUCCACGGCACCGGCCUGCUUCAGCUUCAUGCCCAGAACUCUGUUGACAGCAACCCUGAUGAAGAUGCUUUCCACUCUGGAAGUUUCUCCCACCAUGAACCCCCAUCCUCCUUCCACCACCAUGAUGAGUUCGGUACUGGUAGUCUCCCAGUUUCCAGUUCCUACUCCAGUUUUAGCCUUGCAUCAGAUGAGAAGGGAGGAGUUAGUGGAGGGUGUGAGCGCACUGGGAGCAGCACCUUAUCCUCUUCCCAUCAGGGUCUCUAUAUGGACUGGAGAGAAGGUGGCAGCGGGGACUAUGAGCGCAAAAGCAUUUCCUCUUAUGAUAAAGACAGAUCAAGCUUCUCAAAGUCCCACAGUAUCCAGCACAUGGUGACCCAAAGGAGCCCCCAAAAGGGUGCCUCACCGGCGUACACAAGGACCGCGUCAUGCUUCAGUGAACCAUACCAUUCCAGCACUCCUCGUCUGGCUUCCUCUCACAGCAUGGGAUCCGCAAUUGGACUUGGCCAGGCUCAUGGAGGAACUCUUGACAGCCAGGGUGAUGUCCAGGUGUCUGAGGAUGACCUGAGCAGCCGCUGGAGACAGCUCAGCGUAGAAGACAUCAACACAUUCUCAUCUUCUUAUCGCAACAUUACAGGGCGGGGCUCUCCUUACAGCUUCUCUGAACGCCACUUUGCAAUGGGCCCCUCCAGUAAAGUCAAAGGGUCUCUCUACAGCAGCUUCCAAGAAGGAGAUGGUGUCUUCCACAGUCGGGUGCUGGAGCAGUGUUUUCCCAUGAGUUCUUCUUCUCCCAGCCGCAGUCCCAAGCAUAAGGAUCAUCGCAAGCAGGAGAAAACUUCUAUGCUGUAUAGAGCCAAGGAUGACAGUCAGGACUCUGAAUGCAGUCUGUUCCUCUCAGGGAGCUCUAAAGAAAAGGAGAGCAGCGGGGGAGUGACAGUGGCAAGCAGCACAAAGAAGGACUACGUGAAUCUGAGUGCAGACAGCUCAGCUGAUUCCUUACACCAAAGCUCGCUUGAAGCUUCAAGUCUUCAACACUACCCCAGCCCCAGACCGAGCGUCCGGCCUCGCCCGAGCUCCAGUUCUGCUCUCAGCAUCGGCCCCGCACUCCCAAAGAAGACCUCUCCAAGAUACCAAAAAUUUGGCAGUACGGGACUGACGAGAAAGGACAGUUUGACCAAGGCACAGCUAUACGGUACGCUGCUGAACUGAGUGGAGAAAAAGAUUUUUAUUUUAUGCAUGAUGAUGAUAAUAAUAAUGAGUCCUAACUUUCUGUACUGUUCUGUAUGUCUCCCUGCAGCAAACACUUACUUGGUGUGAUGGGGUGUUCCGAUGUUGUUGUUUUAUGUAUCUUAGCCACGGCACGUUUCACACAGUCUGCAACUUUUUUCUCUAUUGUAAUUCAGUGUAUCUACCUGAGACAAGCUACUCAAUAAGUUUUUGUUUAAGUGAUAAUGAUAUUUAGAGCCACCAGGAUAAAACCACACUCAACAUGAAGAUACUGUGCUAUUUGCUCUUUUUUUUCUGUUUUAAGUACCGUUAGUAAAACCAGCAGAAGAUCAUUAAUGCUUGCUCUAAUAUAUACAGUACUGAAAAUGGACACUGAAGUGUGUGCAAUGAGGUGACUUAAUUCUGCAUGUUUGAGAGAGGUUAUCCAUUAUGUUUUUGGGGCUGCGCUGACUGCAAACUGUUAAAAUGAUUUACCCAUCCUCUAUUUUCUCUCACACAAAUGCAUGUUGUAUAAUGCAUAUAAAUAAGAUGGAAAAACACAUUUCCAGCUAAAACGUUUUUCGAAGAGACAUUAUUUGUAAGCACCCCUUACGAGAAAAGAACAUUCUCCAACUGGCUAAACAAGAGAUUUAAAAAAAUAUGUAUUUAAUUUAAAAUCCAUAUAAUAUUUAAUAGCAAGAUUUCUAUAGUUAAUAGAAUAAUUCCACACUUCUUAAUAAUAAAUCUAAAUUACCUAAUUUAUCAGCUAUAAAAUAUGCCAUUAUACUUAAAAAUAUAUAGAAUUAUUAUUAUUAGAUGAAAUAUACAAAUAUAAUAAAGUAGCCAUUCAGUAAAAGUUACUGCACAGAUAUACAGUAUUGUGCAAAAGUCUUGAACUACCCCUCAUUAUUUUAUAUUUUUCUUUCAAGGAGCCAGACCUCUUGUAAUUUUUUAAAAGCAGUCUUGAGUAAUAGCACUCCAGGCUUUCUGAAGGUCUUUCUAAGUUUUUCUUUGGACAUUGGCUGCUUUUUCACUCAUUUUCAGUCCAUUCCUUGCACCUGACUUAAUCAGAAAGAUACAGAGAGAGGUAGAGCCAUCUGUAAAACAUGGUGGAGGCUCUGUCAUGAUUUUGGGCUGGAUUUCAGCCAGUGGUGUUGUCUCUCUUGUCAAAACUGAUGGAAUUUUGAACAUAGAAAACUACAUUCAGACUUUGGUUCACCAUACAAUACCAUAUGGAAAACAUCUGCUAGGCAAUAGCUUCAUUUUUCAGCAGAACAAUGCUCCCAAACACACUGCCAAUGCAGUAAAAGCAUAUAUGAAUAGAAAAACACUCAA